AUGGCGUCAACAUCUAGCUCCGCCUCAACUCACAAGCCUCCGUUGCAACCUCCGCCAGAAUCUCACCUACGCGAUCCCUUCGAGCCAGACAUAAACCCGCCACCGCGCAACUACUUGGAAGAAAGAGUGUUCAAGAGAAGGCGCAUUGAAGAAGCCCAAGACAAAUCUCUCAUCCACGGCUUGGAACUUCAACAACACGCAGCAAAAUUACUCGAACCCGUCGACCUCUCGCCGCUGCAAGAAGCAGUUGAUGAAUACGCUGAAACCAAGAAAGAAACGUUAAUGACAAUUUUCAAAUCAUUCGCGCUUCAUUACCCUAAUGCAUUCUCAUUCAAGCUCGCCAAAAUCCUCAAACUCCACCCUCCGCUUCGAACGCGAAUACAAACCGUUGCUCUUCUUCUUGAAGUUCUUCCUGAAGGAGUAAACAGUUCAAUGCAUUCCUCUAUCAUGGUUCAACUCAAAGAGCCUCUUCUUCAUUCACUCAAGGUGGAAUCUGAAGAAAUUGUGUUUCCUUCGCUAUGCGAAAUGAUUGGCAUCCUCGCUGAUAGGUUGCAUCAGUUCUCUCUCGGCAGUUGGGAGGAGCUUCUUCAGUAUGCUUGCGAUUGCAUUUCUGGAAAAGCGGAAUCGAAUAUUAAGAAAGGGCUUUUGUUGUUAACGGAGCUUUCGGAGAAUGCUUUUCUAAAUAGGGAGUUCUGGUUGAAUCAAGGGAGGUUUGAUCUCGUCUUCUCAAACAUCUUGGAAUUGAUUUACUCGAUGGAUCGGGAAUUGAAGAAAUUGGCAUACAAUGCAGCGUUGUCGUUGAUGGUAUUGUCGAAAGGUCUUCUGAGAACAGAAAUAUGUGACGUUCUCUUGCCGAUUUUGUUGAAUAUCAUUGACGAACACGGGGAAGAAGAGAUUCUGGAGGAUAGGGUUAAACGUUUGAAGGAUUUAGUAACGCAGGAAGAUGGUUAUAUUUUUGAGGGGAAACACGGGGAAGUGUUUUGGUGCAUGAUUCGAGUAGCAGAGAUAGAAAAUGUGAGCGAGGAACUGGUGCUUGUUGCAGUUAGUAUUCUCAAGGAGCUUGAUGCGGCGGAUCAGAAAGAGAUGGUAAAUAUGAUUGGGAAUCUUUCUCAUGAGGAUGUAAGGAGGGUGCUUGCGGUUUCUUUAAGCCUUUUGUCGUGUGUUGAUGAUGAUGAUGAUGAUCCUCUUUGGUAUGACAAUAAGGAUUGUGAUGACUAUGGGAUGACAGAUGCUUUCAACUAUGGGGUCUUCUUGUUCGAUUCACUCUCUUUAGACGGGGAUGAAGGUGUGUUUGUUCCCACGACAACUGAGACGAUAACCAUGCACUAUGCAUCUCAUGUUGAUUGGCGCCUCCGUCAUGCAGCAAUGCUUGCCAUUGGUUGGAUCAUAGAGAGAAACAUCAGUGUGGACAUGGUGCAGUACUUUGACCAAGUUGUGAAUCUGGUUCUUAAGUCACUAGAUGAUCCGGACUCCCGAGUACUUUGUGCUACUAUGAAUGCAAUUAAGUGUUUGACUGAAUAUAAGGAACUAUUAAUGAAUGGCCGGUAUCACAAGAAGUUAUUGGCUAAACUAGUUCCCUCAAUUAGAAGUUACUCUUGUGCCCGUGUACAGAGAUAUGCUGUGAUUGCUGUUCGAUCCUUGGUAAAUAUUUGCGGCUUAGAUGAAAUAUCACCUUUUGGGGAAUUUGUAGCAUCAUUACAUGCAUUUCUUAAUCAUGAAGAUCCAAAGUUACCGGAGGAAGCUAUUGAUACCCUGAGACUCUUUGCAGUUUUAAUGCCGAGAACUUUUCGCCAAAAUUAUUACGAUACCACAAUGGAAGCACUGAAAGUCAUUGUGUUUAAUAAGCAAAGUUUAUUUAGACUGUUGGUCCUUGCCAAAUAUCUAGAAUGCAUGGUAUAUCUUGUAAGGAAAGUUGGGCCAGAUAACUUCAAAGAGCAAGAAGCUAUUCAGGUCAUGGAAUCUAUAAUAUCACUUGAAGGAAAAUUGAGCAAUACAGAACACACGACAAAAUAUAUCAUCUUAAAGGUUCUGGAUCAAAUCUGUCGAUGCCCGAGAGUGAGUAUUGACAAAUUUACUGAUAAAAUUAUUCCAAUGUUGCUUGGAUCUGCCCAACUCUGUCUUGACUUAACGGUUGCUAAACUCAAGGAUGAUCAUAACAAGCGUUUAAUUGAAAACAUGAUGGUUCUGGUUUGUAAUACUUUGUCAUAUUGUGCUGUUCGGUCCUCUAAAAACUUUUCCCCCUACAUUACCAAGGUUGUUAUAUUAUUUGUGCGCAUUCUUGAAUGUUCUAACUUUCAAAUUCGCAAGACUGCUAUUUCAGGUCUUCCAAACCUGUUACUCUCACUUAAAGUAGGAGACACAAAUAAUGACAUUAAAAGUUAUCGGACUUUCUUCAUUCUGCGAACUGUGGUUGACUUGUUGAAGAAGGUAUUUGGUUAUCCCUCUAACGUAACUGAUAAGGUUGUUACUACAAUAAUAUUGAGGUCACUUGUCAAAUGCAUUCAGUCUUCUAGUUCACUUUUCGAUGAUUCUUUGAUCAAGUUUAUUGCUGACGAGAUAAAAGAUACAGUACAAAAGAUUACUAAAAUUGGAACAAUGAAAGAACAAGGAGUUGGAACUUUGGGAGGUAGAUGUGAAUCUUUACCAACAGAAGAUACACUUCAGCAUAUAGUUCACUUAAUAGCAACAUUUGUUGAAACAUUUAAAGACAGAUUCAUGCUACAUGCUGAUGACCUCGCGUCAAAUGUUGUCGUGCUUUUGGCAGAAGACAAUCCAGAUAGAGUGAUAGCUUUUGGAAUUGCCAUUUUUAAUGUUAUCUUGCCACUUUUCCCGGACAAAUUGCCUCUGUAUCAUGACAGAUAUAAUUCAGCCUCCAGUUUUGCUUUAAAGGAAAAUUAUCCUUGUUCCAAGCCGCAUGCUAUAGCGGCAAUCGGUAUUUGCGCUAUGUUUGGAGGAGAUCGAUUUAAAGACUUUGUUGAUGCCGGUAUCUACUACCUAUAUGUUGAAAUGAAGAAAAGUCUUUCAAUUGAUAAACCAUUUGAAGAUAGAGAUGUAAGGUUAUGUGAUACUGCAGUUGCAGCCCUUGGAAAAAUCUGUGAAUUUCAUGGUGACAGUAUAGACCCUAAGGUGUUUCAGAGAUGGUUAAGCUUCUUGCCAUUAAAGCAGGAUUCCAUUGAAGCUAGAUAUACACAUGGGCUGCUUUCUAAAUUGAUACAGAGGUCUGAUGAAUACCUAUUUGGAACUAACAAUGAGAAUCUUCCCGAGAUUAUUUUAAUAGUAAAACAAAUCUUAUCUGGACCUCACCGUCUGGGAACUGAAGAAGCUAUCAGUUUGAUGAUUGACUUCAUAGAACAACAUGGUGGAAUGAAAAUUGAAAUAUGA